CGGAACGUCUUAUCGAUAGCUCUAUAGGUACCUACAGGUAUUGUAUGUACCUAAGGUAAGUACUUCUAGUACAGCUUCCCACCAGGCAGCUUUCAGCAUUGCGACAACUUUGAAUCAUGUCAAACUAAGAGUCCCGAAUUUACAUAAAUCGACCUCUCAACAUACCGCAAGGACAAAUAGUAGAAAACGAGACCCCUUCUACGAUAGUUAUGUCUUCUGAAACACAACCCAUCAACCCAGCACGCUUUGCUGAAGCACUGAAGGACUUAUCCGCUGAGAACCUCGCCCUCAAAGUCUUAGAGCUACGUAAUUCGAUAGCCCAUCUAGACUAUUCCAACGCUGAACUUAAGCCCUAUGCCGAAGGGCGAGCGCCAACUCUAGACCAGCAGGGCGGACAGGGCGAUACUGCACAGCCGGACCAAGACUGUAUCGAUGCCAUCAUAGAGAACGAGGCUGUUAUCGCGCGCAUGCAAGAGCGCAUCGAGUUGAUACGUACAGAAGUCGAGAGCCGCGGACUUAGCUGGCGCGAACUCCAAGGAAAGAUCGACGAUGAUGAUGCCACUCCUGCUGCAACCGAUAGUUCCAACGCAGAAACUGACAACCUGACAAACGGAGUAAAUGGUCAUGGACCAACCGGAGAAACCCAACACCCAGCGUGGCGAGACGGUACAUUCCAAACGGGAACUUUAAGUCAACUCGGAGAUGAAGAGCGGGAACUUCUACGGCAGCUACAAAGUCGAAUGCCGCCCGAAGACGACGAGGACCCCGAAGGUGGCAUGCAUCUAUAAGUUAGUCCCGUGAUGUAUUUUGACGAACUAAGACGAAGGGGAAAAAUCGUAUCAUCGUCGGUUUCAGAACAAGCAAUGAUAGUACCGGGAGUUAUUUUAUCCAGAAGAAAAACAUCGGCAUCCCCUUAUAUAAGGAAUUGGUUGUACCUUAUACGGCGGGGUUGAGCUGGAGGGUCUCGAAAGUGAUCUAUCCCGAAUCUACGAGGCGAAUGACCUCACGUAGGGAUAGUAUGUGUAGUACAUUUACUGACACUUGGUCGUAACACUGGCCACCAUACGGGGCCUUGAGGAUUCCUUAAGACCAAAGUUGGUAGAGCACUAGACCAUAGUCGUGUACAUGGUCGUAUACGACGAGAGUGUUCAGUAGCGGAAGAUUUCAAGUCGAUAUUAAUUGAGACAGCCAGUAAAACACAUAUCGUUGCCGCUAUUAGGACUUAACUAAAUCACUUGACAUAACUAACAUAAAUAAACUCAACAUAUAUCGUAUUCAUUGCCAA